AAGCUUGAACAAAUUGUGAAGGAAAGGAAUGAACAGUGGAGGAUGGCAUUUAUGGUUCGCAUGAGCCAGUAUUCACCCAAGGAGAUUGGUUUCCUUGACAAGACAUCAAAGGAUAAAUGUACCCCAGGGUGUUUGCAUGGUCAUGCACCCAAAGGACAAUGUGCCACUAGCUGUCAGGUUGUUGUCCAUGGACAACAUGUCUCCACAUUGGGGCUCAUGACUAUUGAUGGCAUGGUUACAUCGAGUUUCUUCAGUCUACAGUGGUGCAUAAUUGAUUCAAACUGUUGUGAAUGUCCUAACAUGCCUCAGCUUCCUAUGUGCUCACCCUAUCCUGGUCCUCUGUCUGUCCUUGUGAUGGACAAUGCAACAAUUCAUCAUGGAGAGGGUGUUGCUGAACUAAUAGAAGCAUAUGGUAAGCUCCUUUGA